AAAGAGAACCGGGUGACAAAAUCCGAACGGACUCCUCACUAACACUAAUGGCAAUGGCAAUGGCCGAGAUGUUCAGACUUGCAGACUUGGUGCCUCUCACGUGAGGCCAAAAAGCUCAGACCCGCGAAAAUAUUCCACUUUACGCGCCACUUCACGCGUCGGGGAGCGCGACGCGACGUGAGGAAAUAUCUCGGUCAACCACCGAAAUUUCCAACCUCAAUUACCUCCAUCGACACCCAGAUUUCCGCCUACCUGCAUCCCACCUUCCUCCUCUACCAACGGUCCUUUCACACAGCAACGCACAUCCACCACCAUGGCGACUUCUGUCUUAGGGAAGCGAACGAGAAGCGCUGCUCUCAAUCUCGAAUCGGCCAAGUCAAAACCCAUCGCCAAACGCGUCAAGCGUCAAGGUCGACCUGAGAUCUUCAACGACGAGAAUGAGAAUCCAUUUGUGGGAAACUUCUCGCGCGACACGGAUCACGAUGGCGAGCCAAUGCACCUGGAUGAGGGCUCCGAGAGCAUUUUCACCAUUGUUGUACCAGUCAAGCAUGGUGUCGCUGAAAAGCAUAUUGUACAGAAUCCCACACCUCAAACACCUCGCCACAGAGACGCGCUCUCCAAGAAUGGAACGAUUACACCGAGACACAGAGUCAUCGUUGGUGGGAAGCCAUUGACGCCUCGAACACCUCGCACUCCAUCCACUCCAGGUGCAUCAAUUUCGACCGUGUACAGCAAAGCGCGACAAUUGUUCAUCCGCAGCUCAGAACCUGGCAAACUUGUCGGCAGAGAAGCAGAGCGAGAAGAGUUAUCAAGCUUCAUCGAAAGAGGUAUCGAGAAGACCUCAGGAGGAUGUAUAUAUGUUAGCGGACCACCAGGAACGGGAAAAAGCGCAAUGGUAAACGAAGUCACGGAGACUUUCGAAGAAUCUGCGACUUUGCGCAAAGAGUACAUCAACUGUAUGAGUAUGAAGACGUCGAAAGAUCUGUACGGCAAGUUGUUGGAGACCUUCUGCGAAGGAGUUGAUGUAUUGGAAGGAGACGAGCUCAAGGCGCUUCAAGCUAUCUUCGUACCAAAGAAGAAGACGAAGUCAGUCUAUGUGGUUACCCUGGACGAGAUCGACCACGUCCUUUCGUUGGAUCUUGAGAUUCUGUACAAGCUAUUCGAGUGGUCCUUGCAGAAGUCUUCCCACUUAGUCCUGAUUGGAAUUGCCAAUGCUUUGGAUCUGACAGAUCGAUUCUUACCACGACUGAAAGCCCGAAAUUUGAAGCCUCAACUGCUUCCAUUCCUACCCUAUACCGUAAUACAGAUCAAGACGGUCAUUACAACGCGACUGAAGUCGCUUCUGGCUGCAGACUCUCCGACACCCGAAUAUCUGCCAUUCCUUCAUCCAGCAGCAAUCGAGUUGUGCUCCCGAAAAGUAGCCAGUCAAACAGGCGAUCUUCGCAAAGCAUUCGACAUCUGCAGACGAGCCAUAGAUCUGAUUGAGACGGAAACGAAACAGAAGCAUGAAGCCGCACUCCAGGAGCAACAGUUACAAGACUCUCCUUCUAAGAGACCUCUGGAAGAGAAUAAUAAUUUGUCCUCCCCAAUAUCAACCCCUCCGAGAAAGAUGGCCAACAAGACUCUCAACCAGUCACUUUCAACACUCACUGUCGAAACUGCCCCUCGAGCACUGAUCUCACAUGUUAACAAAAUCACAUCAGCUACUUUUGGCAAUGGUGCCAACCAGAGACUGAAAGCGUUGAACUUGCAACAGAAGGCGGCUUUAUGUGCGUUAGUGGCUUUGGAGAAGAAGAAGAGAGAAGCUAUGGCCAAUGUCAUGGCGACCCCAUCCAAGUCGAAGACUGCUGCUCCAACGAUCAAAGCACUCUACGGUGUCUACAGCAUGCUCUGCACCCGGGACUCUAUCCUACAUCCUCUGACCAGCACAGAAUUCAGGGAUGUGGUGGGAAGUCUCGAAACGCUUUCGUUAAUUAGUGCCGUUGAUGGGCGAAACGGAUCAUUCAUCUCCUCGACGACAUCAAGUAAAAGAGGACGAAAAUUUGGAUCUGGCAUUGGUGUAGGAGAUGAGAAGAGAGUUGGAAGCUGCGUUGGCGAGAAGGAAGUCGCGCAAGCUGUGGAGGGUCUUGGUGCCGGUAUCUUGAAGAGUAUUCUCAGUGGAGAGGGAUUGGAUGAUAUGAAUUAUUGAGUUUUCGGCAUAGCAUAGCGACGGUACGCGUAAGCAUAAGCAUUGUUGUUGUAUAGGAUAGAACAAUCAGGCGCACUUGUAUAAGUCAUAGCAUUGGAGUUGGGAUAUGUAUGCAUUAGGAGGAGUAAAAAGAUUCAUUGCUCUUGACAUUACUGCGCUACUCUAUCUGCGAUCGCGAUUUGUGAGUUGUGUUUCUUAGAUCGUUUGAACAAGAUGCUUGGAUAUGUCUCAAGAGGGUUGGCCUGCUAUAGUCCGAGGAUUGGAAAAGGUUAAUUGUUUGAUAUACUUCGUAAUGUCGCCAUAGGGCUGACAGUCUUACACACUAGUCUAGGUGAGACAUCUAAUUGUUCAAG